CCAGGUGCUGAAAUCAGUUCAGCGCAGCGCGACUAUUACCAACGAACGUGAACAACGAGAGCAAAAAUUAUUAUAUAUCUCUCUAACCGUACAGUAUAUUUCUAUUGCACCCCCUCCUGCCUUCUUACUUACGUUCGCCUUCGCUUGGGCAAUCGAGCGCAGCAGCGGCAGCUCGAGCGUUAGAAAAUCUACGGUCCGGUCUUUUUGCCUUCUUUUAUAUUCAGUGUGCGUGCGUGGAAGGAGGGAGGUAUGGAUGGAUGUGAAGGCGAUUAAGAAGAGACGCUCGCUGGCUGUACGCGUGAACACGGGGAGAGAAGAACGGCGGCGGCGCCGAGUGGGAUCGGGUUUGUUGCCCGUGGCGAGUGUUUAGCCCCGGGUCGCGUUGGUUUAUUUUUUUACAUAACGCGGUGAGAUUUGUAAUAUUUUUUUUUGUGAUGAACCGAGACGAUGGUUAAGCGCAAAAUAUCGCACGAGUACGUCCGCGAGAUUGGCAGUGACAUACCGCUCCCCAUACAGACGUUCCUGUGGCGGCAGACGAGUGCCUUCAUACGACCAAAACUAGGAAAGCAAUAUGAAGCAUCAUGUGUGUCGUUUGAGCGCGUGCUGGUGGAAAACAAGCUCCAGGGGCUCUCGCCAGCUCUGUGCGAGGCCCUCCAGAGCGUCACCCGAUGGCAGCUCAUCCAGACGUCGCUUCCGCACGUGAUGCACUGCACAGCUACCCUGCUGUCAAACCGGAACAAGCUGGGCCACCAAGACAAGCUCGGCGUGGCGGAGACAAAACUUCUCUACACCCUGCACUGGAUGCUCCUGGAGGCGCCGCAGGAGUGCGCAGCAUCGAGAGGGGGCUCCCUCCUGAAUCGCGGUGGGGGGACCAUCAGCCACGGCGCAGGUGGCGGCGGUGGUGGUGGAGGAGGAGGAGGGGGCGGUGGUGGUGCGGGAGGCGGUGGAUCGAGCAGCACUGCGUUCCUGCACCAGGUGGCGAACCAGGCGUCUCCGAGCCACGCGGUGACCCCGGGGUCUACGCCGGCUCCCGACGGCGGGGAGGUGACCGGACGCUGCCCCUACGGCCUCUCCAUGGCCACCGUUGAGCUCUUUGUGUUCCUCUUCGCGCCGCUCGUCAACAGGAUCAAGGAGUCGGACCUGACCUUCCGACUGGCUAGCGGGCAGGUGAUCUGGCAGCCCAUGUGGGAGCACCGCCUUCCCGAGAUUCCCGCCUUCGCGGCGCUCAUUAAACCCACACGCAACAUCAUCACCGCUAAGAGGGUGUUGCUGUUAAGUCCGCUGACGACAGAGCCCAACAGGAAGGAUGAGCUCCAGGAGCAGGCAAUCGAGGUGGUGUGUGAGCUGUGCCAGGCGGGAGCCAAUCACGCCGGCCCGGGCGCUUCCUCGUGCCAGUGCGAGCACUCGGCACCGGCCGCCCCCGUUCCCCACGCAGCCGCCGAGGCGGGAUCCCCGCCGGACGUCAAGCUGAACCAGGCGACGUACUUUGACGUGGCGGCGCUGCGCUGCCUCUUCCAGCCGCACUGGUCGGAGGAGGGCGUCCACUGGGGGCUCACCUUCUUCCUGCAGCGCCUGCGCCAGAUCCUGGAGGAGCACGCCGAGCAGGGCGGCCGCCGCGAGCCCGACGUCCCGCCGCGGCCUCGCAGCCACUCGGUGGCCGUGCUGCCCUCGCUCGUCAACACUCGCAAAACGCAGGACAUGGCCGGCAAGCGGAAGGAAGAGCCCGAGCUGCUGAACUGCGAGCCGUUCCCGAAGGUGUCGACCACGAGCCAGCGGCGAUCGGCCGUGCCAGACCUCACCACCGACAUCAGCGCCAGCAUCUUCAAGCGGUUUAAGAGUCGCCGAGAGGACCGCGAGCGGAAGGGCUCCAUCCCGGCGCACCAGCAGGGCAAGAAGCGCCAGCGGCGCAUGGGGGUGCCCUUCCUGGUCCACGAGGACGCCGCCGCCGCCGCCGGCGACGCCUCGCCCACGCGUAGCACCUUCUCCUUCAGUGGUGGGACGGAGCGCACCGGCUGGCAGACCGCCAUCCUGGGCAAGUUCUCCCGGCGCGGGAGCUCAGACACCGCCGAGAUUGAGAGCCUGCACACGAGGCACGCUCAGUCCCAGCAUGCUCUGCUCCAUUCCCAGCAUGUCGUGCACUCGCACUCGCAGCAUGCUUUGCUGAGUGACAUCCCCGACCACUCCAACAGCCACGGGGACAACAGCCUGAAGGAAGUCAAGUCUCAGAUCUCCACCAUCAGCGUGGCGACGUUCAACACCACGCUCGCCUCCUUCAACGUGGGCUACUCCGACUUCUUCGCCGAGCACAUGCGCAAGCUGUGUAGCCAGACGGCAAUCCCCGAGAUGCCGCGUGAGCCGCUCGCCUGCGCCAACCUCCCGCGCAGCCUCACCGACUCGUGCCUCACCUACUCCGGCGUCGAGGACCCCGUGGAACCCACGGAGGAUGCCAGCUCGUACAUUUGCCGCGAUGGCACGCUCGACUACCAGGUGAUAGCGCGGGCGCUGUCCGUGGUGCUGGGCGGGGACAUCAGUUCGCGCGUGUGCGACACGGCGCUGCACAUCAUACACGUGCUGCUCCAGCUGGGGCUGGUGGCCGCCACGGACGAACGCGGCAGCGCCCAGCGAGACGACGGCCACCCGCAGGAGCAGACGGGCGACAGGGCCCCGCGGACGAGGGGCGGCAAGGACGGCGUCUCCGGAGGAGGGGGCGGCGGAGGAAGCGGAGGAGAGAGCUCGCCAGUCCAGGGGGAGAAGGAGGCUGGGCCCGCGGAGAGCAUGCACAAGCUGGCGCUCAUCAUGCUCAUCCGCGUCAUCAAGUCCCUGGGCUGCGCGUACGGCUGCGGCGAGGGCCACCGCGGCCUCUCCGGCGACCGCCUGCGCUCCCUGGCGCACGACUGCCUCAGCCAGCUCUACCACCUGGACAAGGCGCAGUUCCGGCGGACACUCCGCGAGUACGUGGGCUCCGACAGCCUCAACAACGUCGUCGAUUUCCUGCACGCGCUGCUGGGGUUCUGCAUGGAGCCGCCCUCCGACAGCAAAGCCGGCUUCGGGAAUGACUUCUCGAUGAACGACAGCCGGUGCUCGGCGAGCAGCAUCGAGUCCGUCAUCAUCGGCUGCACCUUCAAGGCUCUCAUCACGCGCUGCGCCUCCGCCACGCACGAGCUGCACAGCUCCGACAACCUGGGCCUUUACUGCGACAUCAGGCAGCUGGUUCAGUUCAUCAAGGAGUCGCACGGCAACGUGUUCCGUCGGGUGGCGCUGAGCGCUCUCCUCGACAGCGCGGAGAAAGUGAACCCCAGCAAGAAGACGGAGCACAACGCCAAGAACGUCAACACCAAGGGCGCUGGCGGCAGCGGGCAGGAGAGGGGGCAGCCCGGAGCAUCGCAGGACGACAGUAGGAACUGCGGAUCAGGCCGACAGCCGCCGUCUCCCGAGCACGAGGAGCAGCUGCAGGGCGGACUCUUCGGUCGCAAGGAGUUCUGGCGCAAGAUGUUCAAGUCUCAGAGCGCGCACAGCGACAGCAGCAGCCAGUCGGAGCAGGACACGUCCGAGUGCACGACGGCGCACUCGGGCACCACCACCGAUCGACGCUCGCGCACGCGCACGCACCGCGUCACACUCCGCAAGAAGCUCAAGCUGCCGCUCGGAAACUGGCUCAAGAGAGGCUCUCUGUCAGGAACUGCUGACCCCAGGGAGGACCUUUUGGACGUGGCCUCGAUAGACCGUCUCUCUUUCAUCCGACAGAACUCCAAGGUGAAAUUCACGAGCGUCACGAAGCUGUCGGAGGCGGGCGGCCUGGAGGACGGGCGUCCUGGAGGCGGCGAGGAGGAGGAGAAUUUCUUCAAGAGGCUGAGCCGGUGGCGUCUCAGUCGGAGGCACCCGUCCAAGAUCACGCAGCCCGAGGAGAAAGACGUGGCACAGCUGCUGGAGGAGCACCUGGCGUCAGGUCAGGAGGCAGGGCGGCGCAGGAACCUGGUGAACAUCAGCGCCAUCCGCCUGGGCAUGAAGCGCCUCCAGUUCCUGCUCAACUGCAACGACCCGGGCACCAUCCCCGACGCCUCCAUCCUGGCGGCCGCCCUUGACCUGGAGGCCCCAGUGGUGGCACGUGCCGCCCUCUUCCUCGAGUGCGCGCGCUUCGUUCACCGCUGCAACCGCGGCAACUGGCCCGAGUGGAUGAAGGGCCACCACGUGACCAUGUCGCGGCGCGGGCUGUCACGUGGCCGCUCGCCGGUGGCAGGCAGCAAGCGCAACCAGCGGCUGCAGUGGAACGCGUCGAAGCUGUUCUUCCAGUGGGGGGAGGCGAUCGGAGUGCGUCUGGACGAGCUGAGCCGCACGGAGAGCGAAACGCCCGUCGGCCUCCUGGGCCUCAUCCAUGACGACGAGAUGAAGAAGCAGCUCAAGAUGGAGGACGAGGAAGAGGACUUCCUCGAUGACAACAGCGUGAACCCUUCCAAGUGCGGCUGCCCGUUUCCUCUCAAGAUGGCCGCCUGCCAGCUGCUGAUGGAGAUCACCACCUUCCUGAGGGAGACCUUCCCGCUGCUGCCCAAGCCUCGGACGGAGCCGGCCGCGGAGUUUGACGGAGGCCGCCACCGGCUGGACCCGGAGAUGGACCGGCACCGCUACGAGCGGAAGAUCAGCUUCGCGGGCGUCCUGGACGACCCUGAACCCGAGUCGCACGAGUCCCUCCACAGCAGCAGCCACACGCUCAAGUCGGAGACCACGUGGGAGGAAAGACGCAUGCCGCGGCGCGUGCGUCAGGGGGCUUCGCGGCUGCUGCAGAUCAAGGGGACGCGCAGCUUCCGCGUGAAGAAGGGCGGCUCGCUCUCCAGCAUCUGGCGCGCGGGCAGCCUGAAGGGCGGCAAGCUGUCGCGGCAGGACUCCGAGUCCGAGAACGAGGAGCUGCUCCUCUCGCAGAGCCACGACACGGUCACUGACAUCGGAAGCACGCAGAGCACCAGUGACCCCAGCAUUGAGCCUGACAAUGUGGGAGGCCACGGGGCUGAUGAUAACUACCACAAGAACAUGCCCUGGCUCGAGGUGAUGAUCCUGCUGUGCAACCAGCAGAACUUCAUCUGCCAGCACGCGGACUUCUGCCACCCGGGCUGCUACCAGAGGCAUGGCCGUGCCUGCGCGCGCCUCGUACGAGCGCUCAAGCUGGUCUACGGAGACUCGGCCGACCCCGUCAAGGACGAGGGCCUCCCUGGCCGCGCCAACAUCGGCAACAAGAAGGCCAAGGAGUUUAAAUUCCAUAAGUCGGACAAAUCGUCGCUGCGGCCUCCCUCGCUGAAGAAGAGGACAUCCGAGGUGAUUGUGGACGGCAAGAAAGACCCUGGCAUGCUCAAGUACAUUCGCAAUCAGGUGAUGAGCCUGGCCCCGGCUCCCCUGUCGCUGCUCAUCAAGGCUGCCACCAUCAUGACGGAGGACAUGUACAGCGACGUGCAGCCGGCAGCAUGGGAGCUGCUCCUCAGCGUCGACGAGCACAUGGCCGCCACUGCAGCCGCAAUGUUCCUGCUGUGCGCGGUGAAAGUCCCCGAGCAUGUGACGGACAUGAUCAUGUCCGAGUUCCACCACCAGGACGCGACCCAGCGAAUCAACUCCAUUCUGCGCUUCGGGGCGCUGUGGCGAUUCCGCUACCAGGUCUGGCCUCGCAUGGAGGAGGGCGCUCCACAGACCUUCAAGGUCCCCCCGCCAAGCAUUAACUUCACGCUGCCAUCGCCCAUCCUGGGGGUGCAGUCGCUCCCCGUGUUCGAUCCCCCGUGGGUGCCCCAGUCCACGGACAGCGUGCAAGACGCCAUCAGCGAGGACGCCUCGAAAUCGUUCUCGGCCAAGGCGGUGUCCCGCUCCCACCAGCGCGCCGAGCACAUCCUCAAGAGCCUCCAGCACGAGGAGGAGCGGCGCCGGUUGGGCCGUGAGGCCAGCCUCAUCACCACCGUGCCGCUCACGCAGAAGGCCGGCUUCGAGCCCUCGGCCGCCGCGGGCACGCCGGCCGAGCAGGAGGAAGACGAGGCGGGCAACCUGGUGUCCCGUCGCCUCUCCAUGAGUCCGUCCUGUACGUCUAGUGCCUCCCACCGUAACUACUCCUUCCGGCGGGGUUCGCAGUGGUCUGUGCGCUCUGCAGCCAGCGCUGAAGAGGAGCACGGCACGGAGCACACGCCGACGCACUUCGCCCUGCAGCCGCCCCAGGCCAUCUUCCCCGCGUGCAUCUGCGCGUGCGUGCUGGCCGUCAUCGACCUCAUGGAGGACGGGGAGGUGCGGGAAGACGGCGUGACAGUGUGCGCGGUGGCGCAGCAAGUGCUGUGGAACUGCCUGAUCGAGGACCCUGCCCUCGUGCUGCGCCACUUCCUCGAGAGGUUCACAGUCAGCAACCGGCAGGAGGAGCUGAUUUUUAUGCUGCGGAAGCUUCUCAUAAACGUUGGGGAGUUGCCGCCUCAGACCUCGCACAUCCUGUUCAAUUACCUGAUCGGGCUGAUCAUGUACUUUGUGCGCACGCCGUGCGACUGCGGCGAGGAGGCGGUGGCCGCCACGCUCACGUUCCUGUGGCAGGUGGUCAGCUUCGUCGAGGGCCUCUUUAUCAAGGACCUCAAACAAACGCUCAAGAAGGAGCAGUGCGACCUCAAGCUGCUCGUCACCGCCGCCAUGCCCGGCACUAAAACAUUGGUGGUCCAUGGUCCAAACGAAUGUGACAUUCCAACACAGCUUCCCGUGCACGAGGACACACUCUUUGAGGCCGUGUUGAAGGAGAGUUUAGAGUUCUUCAAUAUCCCUGAGGCGCAGUCUGAGAACUGUUUUCUGAUGGACAGGCGUAGGAACAUCAUCCAUUACAGCAAGACGUACGUGCGGGACAUCUACCCGUUCCGCCGAUCCGUCUCGCCCCAGCUCAUCCUCGUCAAGAUGGAUCCGGAGAAAGGGGCGACAUUAAUCCAAAAACAGGUUCUGACGCGGAAGCUGGAGGAGGUGGGUCGCCUGCUCUUCGCCAAGGCUCUGACGCAGCACAUGCCGCACAGCCACCUGCAGUCCCACGUCUCCGUGCUGCAGGAGGACCUCCUCCGCCUGCCGUCCUUCCCCCGCAAGGCCAUUGAGGCCGAAUUCUCGCUCUUCACCGACCCACAAGGCAAGGAGCUGUUCGCCGUGGACUGCCUCCAGAAGUUGCUGUGGAUUCGCUUCCUGGAAGAGAUGUUCCUGGGCAUGCCCAGCGAGUUCCCGUGGGGGGACGAGGUCAUGCUCUUCCUCAACGUCUUCAACGGCGCCCUGCUACUGCACUGCGAGGACAGCUCCCUGCUGCGCCAGUUCCUCGCUACCGCCAUCAACACAGCGCUCCACUUUAAUCAUCUCUUCUCGCUCAACGGCUACCAGUGGAUCCUGCCCACCAUAUUGCAGGUGUUCACAAGCUACAAGAGCAACCCUCUGCUGCGAGAAAUGAUCGAGUUCGCCUGUCGGCAGUUCUACAUCCUGCAUCGCAAGCCCUUCCUGCUGCAGAUGUUUGCGAGCGUCGCUCCGCUGCUGGAAAUCUCCGAUUCUCCGGGCAGCGGGGCGUCAGGGGAGGUGUCCCCGCAGUGCCUCUUCGACCUGCUCAUCUCGCUCGAGAGGGACUCUAAAGACACCCUCGACGUGCUGGAGCUCGUUAAGGCCGAGAAGCCCCUCAAGUCCCUGGAUUUCUGCUACGGAAAUGAAGACCUCGCAUUCUCGAUGGCCGAGGCCAUCAAGCUGUGCGUGACGGUGGUCGCUUACGCCCCCGAGUCCUUUAGAAGCUUGCAGAUGCUGAGCGUGGUAGAGGCGCUGGUGCCCUGCUACCUGCAGCGACUUAAGACGCUCACGGUGCAGCUGGAGACGCCAGCGGCCGCCCGGGAGGAGAUCACCGCCAUCGCGAACCUGGCGACCUGCGUGCAAGCGCUCCUCUACAGCGCCGAGCCUCUCACUCGGCCCAUGACGGCGCCACAGGUGAGCCGCUCGGACCAGACCUACAAGGGAGCGGCCGCGGCGAACCACACGACGUCAGGAGGGGCCAGUCUCAGGGAUGAGUUGCGGCUGCUUGAGGAGGGCCAGGGAUUGGGCCCCGAGGAGUUGGAUGAACGCCUGGCCAAGGAGGAGUUCCGGAGGCCACGCGAAUCGCUGCUCAACAUCUGCACCGACUUCUUCAAGCACAGCGGCCCCCGGCUCAAGAUCCUGCAGAGCAUGGCCGGGGAACCCCGCGCCGCCGUGCCGGAGCUGCUCGACGUUAAGUCGCACAUCCGGUUGGCCGAGAUCGCGCACUCGCUGCUCAAGCUGGCUCCGUACGACGGGGCGACGAUGGAGAGCCGGGGCCUGCGCCGCUACAUGACCGAGAUGCUGCCCAUCACGGACUGGUCGAGCGAGGCCGUGCGUCCCGCCCUGAUCCUCAUCAUCAAGCGCCUGGACCGCAUGUUUAACAAGAUCCACAAGAUGCCCACGCUGCGGCGGCAGAUUGAGUGGGAGGGCGCGAGCAGCCUCAUUCAGGGAGUGUGCAUCACCCUUCAGAAGCAGCCAAUCAUCUCCUUCCUGCCGCACGUCCGCUCCCUCAUCAACAUCUGCGUCAAUCUGGUGAUGGGUGUGGUGGGGCCCUCCAGUGUGGCUGACGGGCUCCCCCUGCUCCACCUGAGCCCCUACCUGUCUCCACCGCUGCCCUUCAGCACGGCCGUCGUAAAGCUCGUGGCUCUGCAGAUCCAGGCCCUGAAAGAAGACUUCCCGCUGCACCUGGUGAUUUCUCCAUUCACCAACCAAGAGAGGAGGGAAGGGAUGCUUCUUAACCUCUUCAUCCCCUUUGUGCUGGCCGUGGGCUCCGGCAACCGAGAUGCUCCACGGCUGCAGCAGUCGGAGGUGCUCUUCCUGCUGCAGACGGUGCUGCACGUGCUGCUGCCACCACGUGUCAUCAGCACGUCGCGCAGCAAGAACUUUCUGCUCGAGGGCUCGCCGGCGCACUGCCCCAACACCGCCGGGGAGCUGGGCCGCGACUCGCGCAAGGACGGCCUCGCCGAGUCAACCAGUCAGGCUGCCUUCCUCGCUCUGAAGGUGCUGCUGGUGUGCUUCGAGCGUCAGCUGGGGCCCUACUGGUACAAGCUGAGCCUGCAGGUGAUGGAGAUGGCCUUCCGCAAGGUGGGCGUUGUGGCCCUGUGGGACUUCAUGGACUUCAUCGUGCGCACGCGCAUCCCCCUCUUCGUGCUGCUGCGUCCGUUCAUCCAGUGCAAGCUGCUGCACGUCCAUCCCGAGACGGCGGAGGAGGAGGCGGCGCAGAGACGAAUCUCCGAGCAGUUGGAGCGUCGCUUCAUCCCGCGGCCCCUCUCCAAAAGCUCGCUCGUCGCCGAGUUCAACAACGAGCUCAAGAUCCUCAAGGAGGCCGUGCACAGCGGCACUGCCUACCAGGGCAAGACCUCGAUCAGCACGCUGGGCACCAACACGUCGGCGUACCGCAUGAGCCUGGCCACCAUGUCGCGCUCCAACACGGGCACGGGCACCGUGUGGGAGCAGGAGAGCCAGCCGUCCCACCAGGCCUCGCAGGACACCAUCAACCGCACCGACGAGGAGGACGCCGAGAACCAGUCGGUGAGCAUGCCAAGCGUGAUGAGCGAGCGAGACGAGGCGUUCUUGGCGAGCGGCACGGCGCGAGGGCGCAGGCGGCUGUCCAGCCACGUGUCCUGCAUGUCGGCGCCCCAGACCAGCACGCACAUCUGCAGCAUGCUGCCCAGCCAGAGUGAACCUAAUGUCCUGGAGGACAUCCAGAGCUUGGCGGCUAACCUCUCUAGGGUGGCGAGCGUGCAGAGCGAGCCGGGGAGACAGAACCUGCUGACGCAGCAGCCGCUGGGACGCAAAAGAGGCCUCAAGCAGCCGCGUCGCCUUCUCCUGUCGCGGGAGAAGACGCAGCACGACCCGCGGCCCCGGCACGCGGCACGCCUCUCCACCACGCGCCGCAGCAUCCAGCCAAAGUCCCGGCCUCUGGCAGAGCAGAAGCGGUCUGUGACGUUUACAGAGGAGGCGGGAGCUUCGGCCGCGGCCCCAGGAGACGGUGGCGUCUCCGCCGCUGGAGGGGACGACGCCGCCGCCGCACCGCCACCGGGCGUCCCGCCUGGCGAGGAAGCGACGGCGGCUGCAGCCGAGGCGGCCCCCAAGCCACCGUACCCGCUCGGCGAGGUGCCACGCCGGGCGCCACCGCAGGGCGGCGGCAGGAGGUCCAGCCUGGCCGAGGUCACCGUCACCGUCACCGACCUCUCCACGCUGGAGCACGACGAGCUCUCGGAGCAGAUGGAUCUGGCGGCCGAGAUGGAGGAGGAGUUUAACCGGGGCUUGCUGGCCUACGGACUGGCGCGUCACCGGGGGCUCUUCGACUCCAGAGGGAGCCUCGGGGGCGGUGGCGGCGGCGGCGGCGACGAGGAGGAUGGCCGCGGAGGCCCGGUCGAGACGACGUGCCUCCUCCCGCCGUCCCUGCUCGCCACCCCGACCACGCCGGAGAAGGGCAGCGGCCCCCCUCCUGCGAGCUCCUCUUUCCUGGCACCACCGCCACCUUGCCGGGAGCUGAUGGUGGAAGCCGAAGAGACUGACCUGGACCUGCACGAAUCGCACGUCUAGCCGUGCCCCACGUGGCGAUUUCUCACGCGGAGGGCGCACGCUAGCUACCUCGUAGUCCUGUGCGGCGUAGCGCGGUUCGCACGGGCCCCUGCGCAAGGAAUGAAAUGGGGCCUCCUGGUCCAACGGCCCCCGUCUCUUCAUAGCCUGACACCUGGCCUUUCAUCCCAUCCAGUGGGACCCCGACGCAGUUGCACCGCCUGCACACUUGACAGCCACGCCACUCUUCCUAACGCAGGAAUCCAUCUUCGCCGUUUAGUUAUAUAAGCAUUACUCUCUCUCUCUGAUAAUCACGGAUGUCCAUUUUUUUGCGACAUUGUAGAAGAAUCUGGCCAAUGAAUUCAUUAAAUUAUCGACUGGGGAAUUGUAGCCUGUGGCGAUGGCACACGUGUCAUUAAUGCCAACCCAAGUUAUGCUUCAGAAUAGACCCGCAUUUAUCCCAUCAUGGAGAGUGUCUUAUAAUGUUAUUGCAAUUGUCAUUUGUUUUAUUCCACGGAUUUAUGUGAAAAGUGCUAUACCAAAAAAAAAGUCAUACGUUGCUCAUCCAUUCCUAUAUUUAUGUUAGACAGGUUUGUGCUCAUUUAUUUGGUUAUUUAUUCCAUAUUACUUAAUUGAGAACACAGGUUGUUCAAUCACGGUGUCCUUUGCUUUCAUGUGGAGUUCACAACUCUACUUCAACCAGGGUGUUAAGUCUCAUUGUCUAUUCACGCAGAGUGUAACAGGUGUGACAGAUUGAAAGAAAAGCAGUCGAUAAUUACACGUGAAUAGCGAAUGAAUAAGUAAUAGAAGUGGGUCACGGCUGUAAAAAUAGUUGUUACACAUUUAUAAGACAUUUAUAAAUAAUUGAAAUCUUUACUUGGGUCAUUUCAAAUGAAGGUUCCCCACGUAUCAUUGCCAAAGUGGGGGAACAUGUGUCCUCAUAGCAGGAGCAAAGUGUGCAGAUGCAAAACAUUUGGAUAUUGUGACGAUACCUGUACAGAUAAGGCCAGCCUACAAAAAGGCAAGGUAAUAUUACAAUGCUUAAUGGAGAGGCAUUCAACAGGGUCAUUUGGGAUUGUACUAAAUGUUCUCUCGUUACAUCAUCGUUUAACCCACGCACUUGUAUACUUUACCAAUGGGUCACAGAUGUAUGGCAAUAUAUACGGUGUGUGUCCGACUGUUCAUUGUAUGUGUGUGUAGAUCCAGUAGACAAUAUUAGAACGGUGUGAGCCUGCAAACAGCUGCUGCCAGUAAAAAUAAUUUGCUCGAUUCCAGGCUUACUGCUCAUGCAAAAAGAUAUCUCUUGUACAAUCCCCGCAAAUAGCAUGUGAUAUUGCUAAGAGCGAGUCAACUUACUGGCAGCAGCUAUAUACAAUAGGUUGCCUUGGUGCCAGUAUCUCCUACUGGUAGUAGUGUCUGCCGUGUGUGUGUGUGUCACGUUCUUGUAAUGCUGCUACUGGUGUUGAAUGUGCCGAGUUGCACAUCUGUGAGCGUGCAUUCUGGGAUUGUGCUGCGAUCCGCUGAUGUUCGAAUAGUGUUAACGUUCCUCCUAAACGUAUCUGCUUGCAGUAUUCUGUCCUCUCUGUGACUGUUCUCGUGAUCGUGUCGUUUGUUUCGAGAGUCACCGAUGUAGUUUGUGCAAAAUGUCUUUAGCCAUAUUUCAUAGGCAAUACGAGGAACACACUUCCUGACACAUAAUGUGUGAUUUACGCGCGUUGAUUCGUCAUCGGAAUCAAAAGUAGAAACCCGUGGUGGUUGACUUUAACCACCACGCCUGAAGGCCAGCUCACGGCGACGUUUGCGUUGUGAUGGAACGGUGCAUUCGGUUGAACGUAGUUGAUGUCUUUUGUUCCACUGAGUCCAUGUGUGAUGUUUGUGAUCUAAACUUGGGAUCUCACAAGCCAGUGAGGUGUGCGUGGAGGAGGUCCAAACUUAUCAUUCUAUCAUCCCCCGCCACGAACACUGGAAUUCUCUAAAAGUGCGGCGCCUCUCGAGGUCACACAAGGUCUCGUGCUGGUGCAGGAGCACGUUUGGAUCAUUCCAUUUCACGUGGGAUGGGGGGGGGGCACAUGCCAGCAGACCAUCUCUUUGCGCGAAACCCAUGCUGUUGUGCCCAUGCUAUGUGCCAUUCACGACGCGUUUUAACCACGUACCAAAGCUGCCUUACUUGUUUGCGUUGCAUUCAGUGAAGUGGUCACCCAGACAUGUUGCGCGAUCAUGUGCCAAAUGGAAUGAGGAUAUUUGUAGGUAUGGGGGAGAUAAGGGGCAUCCCCCCCCACCCCUAUUCUUAGGUUUUUUCGGUAAAGUCACGUAGGUAAAACAUUAAAAUUAAUAAAAGUAAAAUAAAAUAAAAAUCACGACGUUUCGGAGGCAACACAAGAUUCCGUCUUCAGGUGGAACCGUCACAGCCACGACAGCUGUAUCAAGUAAACGAGAGAUUGCAGGAGCUAUCACUCCCUUUAUAUAAUGGUUGGAGAAGGGGGGGGGGGGUAAGGGCCAAAUACAGCACACUUUUUAUUAAUAUGGUAAGGUGAGGGUGAGCCUUUGUUAUGGAGAGGUACGGUUUGUGACUCAACCUGUGACAAGGAGACAACCACUAAACAUGGUAAGUUAAAUCUUUUUUGCAUGGUACGGUUUGUGACUCAACCUGUGACAAGGAGACAACCCCCCCACCCCUCCUUAUCACCCCUGCGUCACGUCCAACGCUCUCGAGUCGUGCAUCCCACGACUGUGAAGCCACACUCUUCCUCGCCAUGGGAAUGAGCAGGCAUGCGUUGGUCGCGUGUAUUUUGGAGUGUGCCAUUGUAUGCAGGGGUGGGUGAAUGUAGCGAAUCAAGUGAGCGGGACUGGAAUAAGGAGGGCCUGUGAAAUUGUACCGGUUUAUGCCACGAUGUUUUUUUUUGUUUGCUACAUUAGCCUUCAUGAGCUCGUUUUACUGUCCGAAUCUGCAUCUCUUUAAUGUGCGCCCGUAUGUGUGUUACUUUAUGUAAUUCUGGAUGAGCAGUAAAAUGUAAUGGAUAUACCGUAAUGUCUAAUAAUGAAAUCACUGUAUAUUAUGUACGCACAAUAAAACAUAUAUG